UGCUUUUUUAAAGGCGACCACCAAGUAAUGUACUGGGUGGGUCCAGCCAGAAAGUCUAGCUACAUUUCCCAUAGAGCAAGCAGGGGAUUCUUUCCUCUUACCCGUCCCAGUUGAAGCUUAUCCAUUCCAUUCAGACCUGAACACUUCAUAUCCAAACUGAAGAAGAUAGCAGCUGCAAUUCUGAAGAGCCCAUAAAAGCAUAUAAUACGAUCAUGGAUUCAAAGAUGGUGGACAUUUUCCCACUCCCUUUGUUGCCAACAGUCGUCAUCAGUUUUAUCAGUUCCAAAGUGGCAUCGCUGAUCGACUAUAAAUACGACGAGCUGUAUUUCACUGGUAUAAUUCCUGUAAUUCUUGGGUUCAUGAAUGUGCUCUCAUAUGUUGAUUUGGAAUUGCCACUACCGCGUUUCAAGUUCUUGGAUGCGGACUUUCCUGGCUUCACAUGCGCCAACAUCAGGAUCUACAUCGAGACAGCCGUUGUUGUGGUGAUAUCUUACGUGUCCCUGCUUAUAGUCAACUGGAGCUACAUCUGGCUCGCCGUAUUCCCGGUCAUUGCGGUCUGGUUCAUUGUUGCACUGCACAAUAAGCUUAAUCGUCAGAGUAAACCACAGCAACAUGACGAUGGCGAAGCUGGUGCUGGCAGUGGCGGCAAUCGGGAAGGUGGGGAGGAGAUGAAGAAAGCCGAGGGGCAGGAGGCAGCAGCACUGGUGCCCUACUGGGUUCUCUGCGUUAUGGGGCAGUUCCAUAUUGCUGAUAAUUUUGCCGUAUCCCAGUUCCUUCUCUUCUUCAGCUUUAUUCUUGGGGCACUUACGCUGAUGAUGAAACGGUUGGCGUUGACCGGGGCAACUCCUGGUGUCGCUCCGGCAUCAGUGUUGCUCCGGAAGGCCUCACUUGUUGUGCUGCUGGUGGCAGUGCACGCUGCGGCCGCCGAGCUGCUGGGUGAGGACGUGGUGCUCUUCAUCCUGCCAGAGCUUGCGCCAGUACUCCUGUGGUUCAGCAUUCACCUCGACCAUGGCGACAGCUCCAUUAUCACCGCAGACAAGAUCCAAUCCCACAGAAAUGUCAUCACUAUUCUGAGAGCAGCGGCAGUUGUUUUCUUCGCAUUCCUAGCGGUCUACAUGGAUGAGUUUGUGCUCUCCUGGUGCACCAAGGUUUUGGUGUCUUGUGGUGUUUCAGGGCUUCUAGUCUACUACGUUGUUUUCAUGCUAUGCCAAUGGCCGGGACAAGAUAGCACGACCACUCCCUUUGUGGAGCCUGUCAAGCUGCUCAUGUUUUGGGCAAAUGUUUUGCUGAUAGCGGCGGCUGCGUUGCUGCUUUUUACAUAUCUGGCUGCUGUCUGGCUUGGUGCGCAUGAAUCAUUGGUUGCUUCACCGGCAAAAUUUUUCAACGACUAUGUGAUACGUUCCUCCAGUUCAUAAUUUAGCUGAGAUGAAUGGUGUACUAAUUUUAUUUUUAGCAUUUGAAAUUACAAAUAAUUUUUUAGAAUGACAUUUCUACACAUUAUGGGCUUGUGCGUUCUAUAAAACAGUUGAUAUUUGUAAUGUUAGUUAAAUUCCUAA